UUCUUUGACGUUUCUGUGCAGCGGAAGAAUUUGUGCUAAUUUCGUGUAUUUCGCAGCCAAUAUUCGCUCUUUAGCGAUGGCGAGUUAUUGUAGUAAUAAAUAAGAAUAUAAAACAAAUAAUUUAUACUGUAAUAUAAAUGUAAGAUUGCUUAAAAUGCGCUUAAUUUGAUUGAAAAAUGAACGAUAGCGCAGCUGAAUGCUCAGAAACUCUAGAUCCUCGAGUACAGAUUGAAUUAGAAAGACUUAAUACAGCUACUGAUGAAAUAAAUCGGUUGGAAGUUGAGCUAGAUGAAGCUCGUCUCGCAUUUCGGCGGCUUUUGGCUGAGGGUCACUUGCGUAUACAACAACUUACUAAGAAACUAGGCACCAGCGUUCAUAAAGCUCGGCCUUAUUAUGAAGCUAGAUUCAGAGCAAAUAUUACCUCCCAAGAGUUGCAUACGGCAAAUCUCGCAUAUGAUAAAGCGAACAGUGCCCAUGCUGCUGCAAGGGAGAUGGUGUACCUUGCCGAACAAGGGCUGGCCCGGCUUGCUGAUGGCUCCGGAGGGCUCACCCUGGACCCUGCGUGGCAGGAAAUGCUUAAUCAUGCCACGCAUCGAGUUAAUCAAGCGGAAGCUGAGCGCACCGCGUCUGCGGUGACGCAGCGCACGAAGGCCGCGUCGCACCGCGCGGCCGCCGCGCUCGUGCAGCAGCUGCAGAACAGCCUUAAACGGCACAUCACCAAGUCCAGGCCAUAUUUCGAGGAGAAAGCCCGUAUCAACGCCGCUUUAGAAGCGCAAAAGGCUCGCAUUCAAACCCUCGAGGAGCAAGUUACUGAUGCUAAGCAGAAAUACUCGUCCGCGUUGAGGAACCUCGAGAGAAUAUCGGAUGAAAUACACAGGCAUCGUUCUAGAAGGCAGUCAACUAGGAAUGACAUAGAUCAAUCGACAAUAACGGACACGGCAAGUGAGUCCAACGCGAGUGAGAAUCUAGAGGAGAUGUGCUCGCAGAAUAACGAUGAGAGCGUUAGAGAAUGGUUGCGCAAAGUGGACAGACCGGACCCGGAUACCUGGACGGAGAUCGAUCUAGAUUAUUCUAGCCCAGAAGAGAUAAGCUUUGAGAAAUGCUCCCUCCGACCCCGAUCGAGUCCAGACAAAUCGCCACCAAGUCCAAUGGAGUCGAAAGUGUCGGCCGCAUCGCCUAGACGCAUCAUACGAGUCAGCGACCGUACCGCUUGCCUCCGGGCCGAGCUGGAGAAGGGACGGCGACAGAGCUUGGACACCUUGCUGCACGACACCGGGGAGAAGGUCAAGGAGAUGUUCCAGGGGUUGUCUCUGUUCGGUGAGAGGCGCGGUUCGGGCUCCGCCCCUCGCACUCCGCGCAGGGCUUCGCCCCGCUCCCGGCGCUCGCCUGCACCCUCCGGGGCGUCGUCCGCUUCAGAUGAAAUAUACUCAGAUACUGAUAGCCUGGCGAGCGUGGAAAUGUUAACAGACGACCAAAUAGCAUCGCUCAUGCUAGACGCCCAACUGGAAGCGGUUUGUGAGAAACUGGCGGGAGUGGCCCGAGCGCCUCGCUCACCUGAAUCGCGAUUAUAAACCUUAUUUCCUCGUUGAUUCAGUUUAAAUUCCAUAAAUUAGCAGCAUUGGGGUGACUUCC